AUGGCCAGCUCUCAGACACUGCUGACCUUCAGGGACGUGGCCAUCGAAUUCUCUCAGGAGGAGUGGGGAUGCCUGAAUCACAGUCAGAGGGAACUGUACAGAGAUGUGAUGUUAGAGACCUAUGGACACCUCCUCUUCUUGGGUCUUGUGUCAAAACCAGACCUGGUCAUCCUUUUGGAGCAAAAGAAGGAGCUGUGGGGUGUGAAGAGAAAAGAGACAGUAGCCUCACACCCAGGUAGAGUGGGACAUAACAAAUGUCAACAAUGUGGCAAAGCUUUUAGGAGGCACUCCUACCUUCCUAGACAUCAGAGCAUCCAUACUGGAGAGACCCCUUACCAAUGUAAAGAAUGUGGCAAGGCCUUUAGCCAGCGCUCAACCCUUACUCAACAUCUCAGAAUUCACACUGGGGAGAAACCUUACCAAUGUAAAUAUUGUGAUAAGGCCUUUAGCCAGCACUCAAACCUUAUUCGACAUCAUAGAGUUCAUACUGGAGAGAAACCUUACCAAUGUAGAGAAUGUGGCAAGGUCUUUGGCCAGCACUCACACCUUACUCAACACCACAGAAUUCAUAGUGGAGAGAAACCUUACCAAUGUAAAGAAUGUGGCAAGGCCUUUAGCCACCACUCAGUCCUUAUUCACCAUCACAGAAUUCACACUGGAGAGAAACCUCACCAAUGUAAAGAAUGUGGCAAGAACUUUACCGAGCACUCAAACCUUACUCGCCAUCUCAGAAUUCAUACUGGAGAGAAACCUUACAAAUGUAAGGAAUGUGGCAAGGCCUUUACCCAGCACUCAAUCCUUACUCGCCAUCUCAGAAUUCAUACUGGAGAGAAACCUUACAAAUGUAAGGAAUGUGUCAAGGCCUUUACUAGGUACUCAAAUCUUAUUCGACAUCUCAGAAUUCAUAAUGGAGAGAAACCUUACAAAUGUAAGGAAUGUGGCAAGGCCUUUAAAGGACCCUCAGACCUCACUCGACAUUACAGAAUUCAUAGUGGAGAGAAACCUCACCAAUGUAAGGAAUGUGGCAAGGCCUUUACCAGGCACUCACACCUUAUUCAACAUCUCAGAAUUCACACUGGAGAGAAACCUCACCAGUGUAAAGAAUGCGGCAAGGCCUUUAGCUACCACUCAGUCCUUAUUCACCAUCACAGAAUUCACACUGGAGAGAAACCUCACCAAUGUAAAGAAUGUGGCAAGACCUUUACCGAGCACUCAAACCUUACUCGCCAUCUCAGAAUUCAUACUGGAGAGAAACCUCACCAAUGUAAAGAAUGUGGCAAGACCUUUACCGAGCACUCAAACCUUACUCGCCAUCUCAGAAUUCAUACUGGAGAGAAACCUUACAAAUGCAAGGAAUGUGGCAAGGCCUUUACCAGGUACUCAAAUCUUAUUCGACAUCUCAGAAUUCAUAGUGGAGAGAAACCUCACCAAUGUAAGGAAUGUGGCAAGGCCUUUACCAGGCACUCGCACCUUAUUCAACAUUUCAGAAUUCACACUGGAGAGAAACCUCACCAAUGUAAAGAAUGUGGCAAGGCCUUUAGCUUGCAUUCAUGCCUUAUUCAAUCUCAGAAUUCAUGCUGGAGAGAAACAUUACCAAUGUAAAGAAUGCGGCAAGUCCUUUACCCAGCCCUCAAUC